CAUGAACAUUGGCACCGGCAUGAACAUGGACACCUUGGAAGCGAAACCUCUCUACCUCGGUCGUCGCCUGCUGGGCGAAGGAGGUUUUGGCAAAGUCUACGAAGUAGAACGAGCUUCGGACAAGAAGCUUUUCGCUCUGAAGAUCGUCACGGUCAGCACCAACGCCGAGCAACGAAAGCUUGCUGCUCAAGAAGCAGCACUACACUCGAAAUUGGCGCACCGCAACGUCAUCGCUUUACUCGAGCAUUGGGAAUUCGAACGCUCAUUGCAUCUUCUUAUGGACUUGGGGACUUAUGGGGACCUAGAAAUAUUUUUGGCUCAGAAAAACAAGACCACCUCCGACGAAAUCUCUUUGCACAAGUAUGCGCUGGAUUACAUUACCUUCAUGAAGGUCAUGACAACCAAGUUCUUGAUCGACCACGCUUUCCGUGCAAAAAUCGCCGACUUUGGAUUGGCAAUCACGCCUGGCUUCAGAUCGCCAGAAAUGCUGAAAGGCGAGAGAUACGGCGUCAAAAGCGACUUGUGGUCUCUCGGAUGCUUUUUUUUUCGAAUUCUGACAAGAAACUUGGCCGCUCUCGCCAAUCUUAACCUUCCUGAGAAAGAUGUGGUCAACAGUCUUCUUCAAGCUGUCCCAUUGCAGAGGAUUUCCUCGGCCCAGCUACUUGCCAAUUCUGCUAUCAUAGAUUGGCUUGUAGACACACCCCUUCGACCUCCGAAGAAAGCACAAAAGCAGUGCAGCGAGGCCGAGCUUAAUCUAAUGAGCUGUAUGAGGUCGGACACCUAA